GGCUCACGUGAUCGAGGGGCGGGGCCAGCGCUCGGCUUCUGGGAGUAAGAGCCAUGGCGGGCUUGGUUGACUUCCAGGAUGAGGAGCAGGUGAAGUCUUUCCUGGAGAACAUGAAGGUGGAGUGCCACUACCAGUGCUACCGCGAGAAGGACCCGGACGGUUGCUAUAGGCUGGUGGACUAUCUGGAGGGAAUCCAGAAGAAUUUUGAUGAAGCUGCCAAGGUGCUGAAGUUCAACUGUGAGGACAACGGGCACAGUGACAGCUGCUAUAAGCUGGGGGCCUAUUACGUGACUGGAAAAGGUGGCCUGACUCAGGACCUAAAGGCUGCAUCUGCCUGCUUUCUGAUGGCCUGUGAGAAACCAGGGAAGAAGUCUGUGGAAUCCUGUCACAAUGUUGGACUCCUGGCACAUGAUGGACAGAUCAAUGAGGAUGGCCAGCCUGACCUGAGAAAGGCCAGGGACUACUACACCAGGGCCUGUGAUGGCAACUAUGCAGCCAGUUGCUUCAACCUCAGCACCAUGUUUCUACAGGGUGCCCCUGGCUUUCCCAAGGACAUGGGUCUGGCAUGUAAAUAUUCAAUGAAGGCCUGUGACCUGGGCCACGUCUGGGCCUGCGCAAAUGCCAGCCGAAUGUACAAACUGGGGGAUGGUGUUGAUAAGGAUGAGGCCAAGGCCGAAAUGCUGAAAAACAGGGCCCAGCAGCUGCACAAAGAACAGCAGAAAAAUGUCCAACCUGUAACAUUUGGGUAAUGUGUGAUCCACUCUCCCUUCCAAGCAACAGACAGCUUGACACUGGCACCUCUUCUGUGAGACCAGAUAAGCCCUUGGAGGUCAGUCAGUGCUAUCUGCUCCAGAGUGUCACCUGCUGGGAGUGGCUGGAAGUGUGUGUUUUAGUAAACAAUCCUUUGUGUGUAUUCUGUGCAGACACGCAUGUUAUGGGGGUCUUAAUUUCUAAACUGGACCUCUGAAAAAUAGGAGCCGCAAACUGUAGAGCCAUAGUCUUUUGGGGUUGGGGAGACAAAGAGAAGUUGGGAAAUUUAGUAGCCACAGGCCUCAAAGAAUCAGCUAUUGGAAGAGCUUGAAAAUUACAAAGUAUCCUAAUUUGCAUAACAGAGGUCCUGAGGAGGUAAGAACAGCAGCAGUCACGACUGCCACCCUCUGCCUUAUAUAACCACGGUGUGGGCUCCUUGCCUUUCCAAUCAGACCUUUCCACAGAUUGAUAGGAUCAGGAGCUGUAUACCACAUGAAGGUUGAAGGGUGGUUAUAGUGUGCCUUUGGUUUGCCAAAGAAGACAAAACCAAAGCAUCCCCUCCUCUAGACAAGACAAAACCAAAGCAUCCCCUCCUCUAGACAAGACAAAUCCAACUUAAAAAUUAACCUCCUCAGCUGCCUCUGCUCCUCAUGGGAAGACAGAUGAGUCCUAAAGCAGCUCCAGCUAGGAGUUAGUGACAGGAUAGCACAAAGUGUCCUCUGAACAGAGCCUUUUUCUUUGUGUGUAUGGUUGGGGGUUGGGGGUAGGGAUUCAAGACAGGGUUUCUCUGUGUAACAGCCCGGGCUGUCCUAGGACUGACUCCCUCUGUAGACUAGGCUGUCCUUGAUCUGCCUGCCUCUGCUUCCUGAGUGCUUAUGGGCCACCACUGGCUGACUUCUUUUUUGAACAGGCCCUUGUGCUGCCUAUGCUGGUCUUGAACUCUCAGCCUUGCCUCAGCCCCUGGUGCAGGCAUGUACCACUAUGCCAGGCAGGACUGAACAUGUCAAACUGUCAAGAUGAAUGAACUGUUUUUUAAUCUGUUGAGCUCUUGUUCUCCAGACCCUGGCAGGAUGGAAUGUAUUCAUCAUGGUGGCUGCACUUUUUUUUUUUUGCCUUUGUGUGUGUGUGCCUUUUUAAUAUUUUUUCCUUCUAUUGUCUCUGUUUGCCACCAGGGGGCGAGCUUGGCCUUUUCCUCUGAUAGCUGGACCAUUGUAUCUGUCACUACCCUGGUCUCUCUUCCUGUCUGGAAGUUAGCUGCUCUAGAAGGCAAGCUUGCCUUUGAGCAGUAUGAGCACAGCCAGCUGCCCUCUCAAGUUGAUACAGGGAGGGCUUUUCCUAAGUGUAGAGAGAGAUUUUAAAAGAUACUAGGCUUGUUUUUAGAAUGUCUUGAAAAUAAUGUUUUGUGUGAUUGGCUGCUGUGGGCCAACAAACAUAGGAAAAGAUAAUCAUGGAGCAGCUAUACAUGAAAACAGCAUGGACUCUUCUGCUGUCCUGGGACCGCACAGUGAAAGGAGGCAACUGAUUUCUGCAAGUUUUCCUCUGACCUCCAUGCAGGAGUACACACCAAGAAAAAAAAAAAAAAAAAAAAAAAAAA